AUGCAAUCUCAACCACCACCUGGUUUUGCUCUUCCUAACAUGUCAACCCACGAUCAUCAUUGGACUGGGUUUUGGCAUUCUUUAGAAAAGGGUAGAGGCAAUAGAUACACGGCUAAGUGUCUCUAUUGUAAAUGUGAGCUAUCUGGAAGGCCUGAAAAGCUUCAUAGUCAUGCUAUUGCAUGUGGUAAAUGGCCUGUUGCUGCGAAGAAUAAUUAUAUUCAAGAGGCUGCAAGUUCUACUCCUAAAUCUCCCUCACCUACAAAUCUUGUGAAUAUAGCAAAUACUGAAGAUUCUGGUAUUGAUCUUUUCAAGGAAGAGGAAUUUGAAGAGCCUUUAGAAUUUGAAGUUGAAGCGGUAAAUAUUGAUAUAAAUGAUGAGUUAGUAAUGGAUGAAUUCUUUGAUAUUGGUAUUUUUGAACAACUAGAGCAAGAAGUUGUUGAUGAAAGUUCAAUGAUUCAUUUUCAAAAUUCUAUUAAUACUGAAGAUUGGUUGAUUGAUGAUAUUUUUUUUCAAUCUGAAAUUUAA